ACUAAAAACUACCUAAGAAGUAUGCUUACCUGCUUCAACUUUCAGCCAUUUUUAAUUUUACAUACGAGUAAUUAGAGAGGUUAUUUACGGUACUAUCAACUCGCAUUUUCCUGUUGCUACGCCCCGUUUCCAAUCCCUUUCAUUUACUCUAAUAUCUAUGUUUGAAGUAAUGGCUACUCAACACAAGGAAAUCUCUUUCGAUGCUUUUUUGUCCUCUACUCCAACUAUAAAGGAGCUAACUGAACAUAUUAAUGUUAGCAAUAAAUGGUACCUUGUUGGUACAAUGCUUGAGUUGGAUCAGAAACGAUUAAAAAGUAUUGAAGCUCACGUUGGCCACACUGACGCCCACAAGACAGUAAAGAUGUUCGAUCUAUGGCUAGAAACUACUCCUACUGCUAGUAGGAGACAAGUUCUGGAAGCAAUGAGAGUGGAUGCAGUGGAAGAAAUUACACUUGCUCAUAAAUAUGAAAUGCAUCUGAGGGAAUUACACCAAACAAUUUAUGUACCACCAUCUACUGAGGAAGUUCUUAUUCUUCAAAGGAAUAUUCAAUCAUUGAGUAAAGCUCUUGUCUCUCCUGUACAAGUGUCUCAACUGUUAUACUGUAAGAGAUGUAUAAGUGAAGCUACUCUGGAUCAAAUAGAGAGGAUAGAUCAGAGGAGGUCACUGGAUGACAAGAAGACCACUCUAUUGACUGCCAUGCAAGAAACAGUGUCUAAUGACUACAGGAAACUUAAAGAUAUUGCUACAGUGCUGUCUGAUGUUGAAGGAACAAAAGAUAUAGCCCAGGAAAUCAUGACCAAAUAUGAAGAGAAAAUUCUUCAAGAGGAUGAUAGUACAGUAGUACAACCACAAGAGGCAGUAGGUGGUAAUGAAAAUCGUGCUAGUGAUAUAUUGAGGAAUAAUUACAGUUCUCUCUCUCAGUCAAUUAUUGAACCAGUUCGUAUGGCAAGGUUGCUUCAUGAAGAGGCUAUAUCUGAUGAGGCUCUAUCUUGUAUCAUAUCUACCAGAGAUUCUGUCUCUGUCAGUAGAGCAGUUCUCCUCAAAGCUGUACGAGAUGCUGUUCACUUCAAUUACAAACACCUGGAGUCGUUUGUUACUGUAUUGAGGAAGUUCUCAGAGACUGCUCAUAUUGGAGAUACCAUCUUUGAAGAAUACAGAAAGCAUUUCAACUAUGAUGAUGAUGAUGUUCCAGAGAAUGAAAUAUUUUUGACAGAAAGAAAUAGAGAUUCUCAACAAAAGCCAAUGUCUACUAGUUCAGAAAGUUCAUCACUUGAUGACUAUGAAGUGGACAAACAUGGAAAUCAUAAAAUUCUUUUCCCUCGUAACAUGAAGAAAGAGUUUGAAAAAAUGAGAUCAAAGUUAGGCUCUACAUUUUUUCGAGUCCGGCGUAUUUUUAAAAGCAAGAAAAAUGUUCUGGAUAUCAAUGAAGUGAAGGAAUUGAUUAGUGACUGUUUUUCUGAUCUGAAGCCUCAGCUGUCUGAUAAUACGACCAUUGGCGAAGUAUUGGAUGUACUGAAGAGGAAGUGCAAUAUCAUGAACAUUAGUCCCCUUGAAGAUUUAGCUUCUGAAUUCAACAUAAAAGAUGCUAUACCAAUCAUUGAGUCAUUCAAAGAGGAAGCUAAGGAUUUCAGCAAUUCAGUAUCAGUGAGUCUUUGCCUUGGUGAGGAGCUACAAGCAGUUGCUACUCCGUCUCAUCUUUUAUGUGAAACCGUCGUAUUUGUGUUCAAUUGGAAUCCUGAUGAAUGCACACUGCAAGAUAUCAAUGAUGGUCUGUUUGAGUUAGAGCCACUUAAUAGAUUUAAAUACUGCUUACAGGUUGAUAAAGUUGGUCCUGGUCAAUCAGUUGUGGUGACCUGCUAUUGUCCUGCUGAGUACACUGGCUCACUGAUAAUGACUGUCCUUGGUAACAUAGAGAUACUGCAAAGGAAAGGAUUGAAGGAAUUUAUACUUGGCAACUGUACUGUAUGGCAUGCUACUCAAGCACUGAGUGAGAAUGCAGAGGGAGCAGAUUUGCUAGCACAGAUUAAUGAUUUGAAAGCUGCUUUAAGAGAUGAAGAUACAAUGUUGAUGAAGUUAGCAACAGUCAAGGAAGAAUUAUUAGGAAACAUUAAAAAUGAAUUGGAAGCAUUAAGAAAAGAUUUUCGAGAGAGUCAAUGCAUUAUUGUUCAAAAGGAAGAAGUGAUUAAUGAACUGAAGGAAGAAAUUUCAUCACUGAAAGAAAAACUUUUCAAGAAAAAGAAAGAAACAAAGAACAAUAACAAGGAUGGAGAUGUGGCAUGGAGUCAGUUUGGUGUGCAAUUGACUAAACCAUCAGUAGAUCAAUUCAUGGAGGUAAUCAGUAAACUGGAGGAAAAACAUAAAAUAAUGACAUUCAGUAAGUGUGAGGAUAUCAAGUUGCUAAUACCAACUAUAUUGGGGAGAAUAACAAUAAAAGGACUUUUUAUACAGUCCUCAUUCUUAUCACGUGCUGAUAUUCUCUCAUUCUCUUCUCAACUAUCAACCAACAAAUCGUUAACAAUUCUAGCUCUAUCUACUAGUUCAAUUGAUGACAGUGGGGUCAUUGCACUAGCACAAUCACUUCAAGAUAAUCAAACAUUAAAAAACUUAGUCCUUAGCAAAAAUCCUGGCAUUACUUCAACUUGUGCUCAGUCACUGGCUAAUCUUUUACUCAAUAACAACACACUCAAUUGUCUUUACCUCCACAAUACUAACAUUGGUAAUGAUGGAGUAAUGAUACUAAUGGAAUCACUCAAAACCAAAAAUACACUUGAUGAACUUGGGCUAGACAAACGACAUGAAAAAACUUGUGCUACUGUAACUUAUUAUGAGCAAAUUAGAGACAUAUUAAAAUUAGAAACAUAUUAAUUAUUUUCUGCAAGUUGCUGCAGACGUGAAGUUUUAAUUUUUAAUAAUAAUUAUUAAUGAUACACAAAUUCUAUUUAUAAUGUCAUGCUAAUCUUAAAACAUACACAAACAAUAAAAUUCUAUUAAUCAUGUGAUAGUCAUGUGACAGUCAGUCAGUGCAGCUGUUGAUUCUUA